AUGGAGCGGCGAGUAGGCGGCGGCGACGUCCAGCGAGGCGCAGCAGCAGCAGGAAAUACAGGAGCGCCGGACGGCUUGAAGCUCGAGACUGCAGCAGGAGCAGGACAGGCGGCCACAACUGAGGAGAACUGGAGCGCGCUUAGUAACCUCCGCGUUGCAGGCGAAGCAGAGAGCGGCGAAGAAGCAGCAGCCGCGCAGACGCAGCCCGGCUCAAUCCGGGCCAGCGCCGGCAGUAGCAGUAGGCAUAAGGUUAGACGAACGAGCAGCCAAGUGCACCCGACUACUCCUCUGGACGAUGAUGAAGCCAUGCUGCAUGACCUGGACGCUGUCAGCAAGUCGUCUCUGAGCUUUAUUCUGGACGACCAGGCGGCUUCGGCGGCUGCCGGUAAGCGGAUACGUGACGACUUCACAUCCGGAGGCAAACGAGCCGCCGCGUUGAUCACCAGGAGCAGGAGCACAGGAGACUUGACGGGUGACACGCCAGCUAGCGGCCGCAGCGCUCGAGCUGCUGCUGGAGGCAAGCAAGGCGCCGAUGGAAAGCGCCGCGCGCGAAGACCGCCGAGCCGCAUCUGCAAGCACGAAGGCUGCGAGCAGUACGUGGUGGACCAAGGGCUUUGCGUUCGACACGGAGGGGGCAAGCGUUGCUCUACCGAGGGAUGCACCAGUCGGGCGAAGCACCAAGGGCGUUGCUGGAGACACGCAGGUGGUUCGACCGAGUGCAAGGUUCCGAGCUGCAUUAAUCGUGCCAAGUCGCGCGGCUUCUGCUGGUCGCAUGGCGGCGGCACCAAGUGCAAGUUCGAUGACUGCGAGAAGAUUGCCAUCUCCAACGGGCUCUGCUGGGCUCACGGCGGAGGCAAGCGGUGCGCGGUGGAAGGCUGCAUGCGGCAGGCAUAUGAACGCACCGACAACCUCUGCAACAACCACUACCAAGAGCGCCAGCAGGGCGCUACUGCCGGUUCCUCGCCCGGUUCCUCCGUUACCACCGUAACGGAGGAACCGGGCGAGGUCGUCGCCGCGUCGAGCAUGCACCCAGACGACGAAGAAAAGCCGCCGGCGCCGUCUUCCGACCAUAAGUCAAAUCCCUGGACGUCCGUAGGAACAUGA